AUGUCUGUACAGGAUCACAAAAUAACAUUGGUAGAUAUCGACGCCUUGAAUGACACAAGUGAGGAUUGGAAAGCAUAUCCAAGUAUCCCUCUUCAGGAUGCAGUUAGUACAAUCAUCGCCUGCCUGGCUGUGCUUGGUAACGGCAUGGUCAUCACCGUUAUGCUGCUCAGACGACGAGUCUUCAGCUCCUUCACAAAUCGUCUCAUCCUGCACCAGUCCAUCAUUGACGGUACUGAGGGAGUCUUGCUUUUCAUUCACCAUGUUGUGAUCAAGACUCAAACCCUUUCAGUCUCCAUCGAGGGCAACAUUAAUGAUCAACUCCUUUGUCGGUUUCUUGUCACAGAUUUCGUUCUUUGGUGGGUGAAUGUGACAUCGACCUACAACUUCGUCGUGAUAUCGCUGGAGCGGUUUAUGGCGACUUGCCAUCCGGUGAAGCAUCGGAAUACUUGGUCGGCAGCCAAGCUCAAGUUUGCAGUGGCAUCUGCCUGGGGUGUAGGGCUCGUGUAUAACUUACAUUUUGCCUUCGUCUUUGAAGCUCGCCAGGGAUAUUGUGAACUAAUGGAAAUGAGUUCCGGAAUAAAGGCUUUGUAUCAUACAAUCGUGUUGGCGAUUGAGUACUUAGUCCCCAUCACCAUUUUGAUAUAUACAUAUAGCCGGAUACUCAUCAUGCUGAAAAGGAAAACGGCAAAUCAACAAGUGAACGGUCCUCGAAAUGCCAUGACUAAAGCCAAGAAGAACAUCCUUGUUACCACUGUGCUGAUAGGCAUUAUGUUUGUGGUGUGCUGGACGCCAACAGAAGUUUCUUUCAUUUCUCGACAACUUUUUAGAGAUGAUUGGGGUGCUCGGUUUUACUAUCCGUUCACCAGCCUGUUGGCUUGCAACACGUUCGUCAAUCCGAUCAUUUACUGCUUGAAGUACGAACAUUUUCGCUCAGAACUGAGAAAACUCAUACUCAAGAGAUGUCCGAGGAACCGAGUCAAUGAUGGGGAGGUCGUGUCAAUCGCAGGUGCUGCUUGA